AGUGACGCAUUUAGCGUAGCGGCCAUCUUGGAGUAGGAGGAGCCAGGAGGCUGCCUAGUGUCGGACGGUGCUGUGAGGCCGCCGUAUCUCCACCGACAUGUCCGCGGAUAACCAGGAGACCAGAGCUCAGGAGGAAAACUCUACUGACGAACAAAAGGAGAUGGAGGAUAAGGUGAUAAGCCCAGAAAAAGCCGAAGAGGCCAAAUUAAAAGCACGGUAUCCACAUCUGGGGCCUAAACCAGGAGGGUCAGACUUCUUGAGAAAAAGGCUACAGAAAGGGCAAAAAUAUUUUGACUCUGGGGACUACAACAUGGCUAAAGCAAAGAUGAAGAACAAGCAACUUCCGGCUGCUGCUCCAGACAAGACAGAGGUCACAGGAGAUCACAUUCCUACUCCACAAGACCUUCCCCAGAGGAAACCUUCUCUAGUGGCCAGCAAGCUGGCUGGUUGAUGAGCCGGCCCGCCUGCAUGAACACCACCUCAUUUCCAUCUCUCUUCCUUUCUAAACCUUCUGUUUUCUCUGCUGCUCCUCCCCGUACACUAAUAGUCAGUCUGGCAGCUUAGCAGGCAAUAGUAGUGCAAGCUGCUGUCUUGAGUGUGAAAUUCUGUAGUUUCAGAUUAGUUGUUUCAAACCGAUAAACCGAUGCACUGAUAAACAGAUGUUUUGGUAUAGAAAUGUAAAGUCAUUUACUUGAAAUCAAGACAAAUGUACAUAAUGCCUAUUUCCUAGUGGUAGGACAGGUGUGAACAAUGGACACUUGAGUUUUACCAUUUUUAAUGUCUGCUUUUUUUUUCUCUCUACCUUCUGGUCUUCAUACUGUAUUAUGUUUUUGUAUUUAAGAUUUUUUUUGGUGUUUAUUUUGAAGGUUAAGACCACAAAUUUCUGUUUCGAGAGGGAGUAAAGCAAAACUGUCAAAUCAGACUGGGUUCUCAAAGGUUUUUCUCACUCUGCCCUUUUAACUUGAAUGGCCUUAAACCUUUCUCAGCUUUAACGAUAGGAUUUGACUUGGGCAAUAUUUGCUCACACUGCUGUAACCUUUCGUGAACCUAGUACACUAUGAAAGUGACCCCUAGUUAAAGCUGGUGUUUUUCCUGGGUAGUAGCGUAGAUCCUUCUGUUGAAGAUUUGGAUGAAGUGCGCAUGUGCAUAGACUGUUGAAUUCACUUCUGUGCCAUUUUGUAAAUACAAUAGUUUUGCACAACCUUUUUGCAAGUGUACUAAUUUUUACAGUUUACAAUAUUGACGUGUAAAUCUGUAGCACAUUUUAGCUCCUUUUAAAUUCCCAGCAGCUGUUUUCUGUUUCCAGGCUCAUCCAGGAUCAUCCUAAAUUCAUGUCUCUGGCGUGAAUUUAUGCAUGAUUUUGCUUUAUAGAGGCAAACAACCUUCCAUAAAAUUCGGCUUAGGCUAGUUUGGCAUACUCCUGCCUUGGUGCUGUACGGUCAGCUGACAGGAGAUGAGGUGGAUAUCCUCUCCCCAGAUCUGGCCAACACUCAGAUAUGCCAGAGUGAUUUGUGUGCCAGAAUUGCAUGUGAAGGGCCCCCUUAUCAUGGAUCUGCAUGUCACCGUUGUGAUCCACAUGCCUCAAUCUGGUGGCAAUGAAUGGUGUUUGCUAGGCCAAUGAAAGGUGACCAUCAUUAUCUAUUCUGCCGCUUCUUAGGAAGUGUUCAGCAACUGAUGAGAAGACUGAUAUCCAUCCUGCAAUAGGCAUGCGUCCCAGUGAGAUAUACAUUGCCUCAUGUAAAGAGUGUUUCAGGGUUGUGACCUACAUAUGAAAUAGUCUAUGUGAAUAUACAUUUGGGGAACACAUAAUGGAAAAAAAUGGUAGGAUAAAAACAGUAAUUUAUGAACUAGAACUCUACAGUUUGUUACUCUGCUAAACCCUUGAGGUGUAUAAUAUUACUGUGCUUAUUGAUGUCCUGCAGUUAACUGGUAUCAACAUUUACAAGUAGUUUAAUGUUGCAUAAAACCUCCAAUAAUGCUGGAUAUACUGAACAUUUAUGAAUAUUGUUAAUAAAGAUUGCAACUGUA